UGUUUUAUAUUUCAUGUUGAGCAGCACUUCACCUCGUGAUCGCCUCAUCUGUUUUCUGUCCACCUUUACCGCCGUCUGCAACAAGUGAACAUGACGAAGCUCUGGCUUCUGCUUUGCUUGGCGUCCAUAACGUCAGCUUUUUACCUGACUCAACGAGAUGAGUUUCAUUUCAAAUCAUGGAUGGCACAGUACAACAAAGCAUACAACUUCAAGGAGUACUACCAAAGACUCCAGAUAUUCACAGAGAACAAGAGGAGGAUCGACAAACACAAUAAAGGGAAUCACUCUUUCACAAUGGGACUCAACCAGUUUUCAGACAUGACCUUUACUGAAUUUCAAAAGACUUUCCUCUUGUCUGAGCCACAGAACUGCUCUGCCACCAAAGGAAACUACCUCAGCAGUAAUGGACCACAUCCAGACUCCAUUGACUGGAGGACGAAGGGAAAUUAUGUAACCCCAGUAAAGAAUCAGGGACCUUGUGGUAGUUGCUGGACUUUUUCCACAACUGGCUGUUUGGAGUCCGUUACUGCUAUCUCCACUGGGAAGCUUGUGCCUCUGUCAGAACAGCAGCUGGUAGACUGCGCCCAGGAUUUCAACAACCAUGGAUGUAGUGGUGGUCUUCCCAGUCAAGCAUUUGAGUACAUCAUGUAUAACAAGGGACUGAUGACAGAGCAGGACUACCCAUACAAAUAUGUGGAGGGUAUAUGUUCCUAUAAACCAUCCCUGGCUGCUGCUUUUGUGAAGGAAGUGAGGAACAUAACAGCGUAUGACGAGAUGGGGAUGGUUGAUGCUGUUGCCACUCACAAUCCUGUUAGUUUUGCCUUUGAGGUCACUGAGGACUUCAUGCAUUACCACCAGGGCGUGUAUACCAGCACUAAAUGCCACAACACAACAGACAAGGUGAAUCAUGCCGUGCUAGCUGUUGGCUAUGGACAAGAGAACAGGACCCCCUACUGGAUAGUAAAGAAUUCAUGGGGACCUAACUGGGGAAUAGACGGAUAUUUCCUCAUUGAAAUGGGAAAGAACAUGUGUGGACUCGCUGCCUGCUCAUCUUUUCCAGUGGUGUGAUUUUACUACAAUAUGUCUCACAAAAUGACGUUAAGGCAUAAUAGAUUUGAUCAUACAGAAGGAUUUUUACCAUAACUUUUAAUUUCUAUGUACUGUUUUUGACUGAGGAGUUUUAACCUUUGCUAAAGCACUAUCAUAUGGUAAAUUGAAUCAUAUUCAGAUUUCUGUGUAUUCAUAAUAACUGAGAUGAUCAAUUUACUCUUAAAUCUGUGAGAUCAAACUCCUAAAUAAAAUAUUUUAAACUUG